CGGGACCCCGACGAGGAGCGGAAGUUAGGCGGCUGUGCUGCUUCAGCGACCGGACGGCGGCGGCGGCGACGACGACGGCGAGGACUGUGGCGGUGACGGCGGCGGGGACAGGCACUGCCCUCUGGGAGCCGCAGCGGGGUCGGCGGCCGCUCGCACCGCUGCGGAGGGGCCAGCCGGGCCAGAAGCCGAGGAGCUGCGCCACGGGUGGCAUUGUGUGUCCCGGCGUGCGGGAGCCAGUCCCCGAAGAGAGGCGAGGCUGAGCCCAGAGCGCUGGGUCGCUUCAGCAGGGAAGACUCCCUUCCCCCCCGCUCCAGGCUGCUGAGCCCUGAGCCCCGCUCAGAAUGGAAGCCAUCGCCAAAUAUGACUUCAAAGCCACCGCAGACGACGAGCUGAGCUUCAAAAGGGGGGACAUCCUCAAGGUUUUGAAUGAAGAAUGUGAUCAGAACUGGUACAAGGCAGAGCUCAAUGGGAAAGACGGCUUCAUUCCCAAGAACUACAUAGAAAUGAAACCACAUCCGUGGUUUUUUGGCAAAAUCCCCAGAGCCAAGGCAGAAGAAAUGCUCAGCAAACAGCGGCAUGACGGGGCCUUUCUUAUCCGAGAGAGUGAGAGUGCUCCUGGGGAUUUCUCCCUCUCCGUCAAGUUUGGAAAUGAUGUACAGCACUUCAAGGUGCUCCGAGAUGGGGCUGGCAAGUAUUUCCUCUGGGUGGUCAAGUUCAACUCUUUGAAUGAGCUGGUAGAUUAUCACAGAUCUACAUCCGUCUCCAGAAACCAGCAGAUAUUUCUCCGGGACAUAGAGCAGGUGCCGCAGCAGCCGACAUAUGUCCAAGCCCUCUUUGACUUUGACCCCCAAGAGGAUGGAGAGCUGGGAUUCCGUCGGGGAGACUUUAUCCACGUCAUGGAUAACUCAGACCCCAACUGGUGGAAAGGGGCUUGCCACGGGCAGACCGGCAUGUUCCCACGUAAUUACGUCACCCCCGUGAACCGGAACGUCUAAGAGUCAAGAGAUUAUUUAAAGAAAGCGAAAAAUUUUAAACACACACAAAAGAAUUAAACCCACGAGCUGCCUCUAUCAGCAGCCUGUGAGGGAGCUCAGAACACCUGGCCGGGCCGCCUGGUGACCGGUCACUUUGGUUGGAACUCUGGGGGGUGGGAGGGGGAGUUGGAUAUAACAAUGCCAAAACUUACCUAUAAAUUAAGAAAAGAGUUUUUAUUACAGAUUUUCACUGCUGCUCCUGUUCUUCCUCCUCUGUCCUUUUUUCAUCCUUUUUCCUCUUCUGUCCAUCAGUGCAUGACAUUUACUGCCACAUAUAGUCCUAGCUGAUGCCAAUAAUAAAAGAAAAGAAACCACGUGGGCUGAUAUUUUCUCUAUGCAAAAUGUCUGUUUUAGUCGGGAAGACAGAACAGCCGCUCCUGUGUUCUGCGUUUUAUAUACACUCAUCGGAGCAGGCGGCCCCUGCCCUUCAGCUUCUGCUGGAGGAGGGAGGGUGUGAGUGGGGGUGACAGGAGGGGUUGGUGCCCCCAAGGCUUCCUGCGAGCCAGGCCCCAGACCUGUGUCUUUUCUAUAUCCACUUCCCUUUCAAGUGGUGUUCCUGAGCAUGCUGUCUUUCAUAGUGCCUUCUGCCUUAUUUCGAGGGUUGCUUCUGAGUGGUGUUUUUUUUUCCUUGUUUGUUUUGUUUUAAAAAUAAGUUAAAGACGGUCAGCCAGUUUGUCUCCUACUCUGUGUAAAUAUUUCCCCCCAGGGAGGGGAGGACAGGGUAGAGAAGAGGAGACAAGCGAGAGGAGGCUGUGGGAGUCCUCCUGCCUGUGGGCAGCCAGAGUCUUAAGGUUCAGCUUUAACAUUUGUAGCCCCUGAAGGUUAAGGGAGCCGGGGCGCAGUGGAACCAGGUUACCGCCCUCCCCACGUCUGACUGCAUCUGGCUGAGGAGGGGAGGUGGGGCUGGGUCCUUGACCUUGCAGUCUCGGGUGUUAUCUGUCCCCUCCUUAGUCCCAAACACCCACAGUAACCAGUCUCUGGAGCCAGCCAGUUUCAAGUGCAGGAAAGUCCAAGGAGUUUAAACUGUAUCAGGUUCUACCAUGUUCUACACUGGGGGAAAAAUGAGCGUUUCGCUUCAUCUUUCUGGCUCUGAAAGCUGGGGGUAUCCGUUCAUGGCUCUCACCUGUAUGUCCCCUGCCUGACCCGCCCAGGUGAGCUUCAGGCCGCAUUCGGGAAGCAGCUGGGUGGUUUUUCAUUUCUGCAUUCACAGCGGGCUGUGUUCGUGGCUGCUCCACCUGGCCCCCCGAAAAGGAAGUGUCUCUGUGACGCAGGGGCAGGCGGAAAGAAGGUUGGAACUAGGAAGGCCGAGUCCGUGGCAGAGCUCUGUCCGUCCACCUCCUGCCGGCUUCCUGUCCCUCGUGGUGAUGUGCGUGAGCAUCCUCUCCCCACCCACCCCCUCCCCACAACAGAGACAGAUCCGCUGGGGGUUGGUGGCGGCCCUCAGCUCCUGAAGUGGUCAGUCAGCGUCUCUGCUGGACUCUGGUCGUGGACCGGACUUGGCCCGGAGCGCCUGGGGCCCAGGAGGUGCUGCCCUCCCGGACAGAGCAUCCGCCACUCUCCACGCGCUUCUCCCCUGAUAAUACGAGGAAUCUCUGGCAUUCUGCACCUGGACCAUUUGAUUGUUUUAUUUUGGAAUUGGUGUAUAUCAUGCAGCCUUGCAGAACUAAGUUUUGUGUGUAUAUAUUUAAAAGAAAAUCAGUGUUUAAAAAGACCUGUGUACUUAAUCCUUUAACUCUGCGGAUAGCAUUUGGUAGGUAGUGAUUAACUGUGAAUAAUAAACAUACAAUGAACUCUUCACUGUA